GCACCGGGCGAUGUGGAGAGUCUAGAUUGCCUCCAGUGCGGUAGUGGCUGCGCUUACGAUGGCUGCUUUGCCCGGUCCGGUACCUCGGCCGCGUAGCGGCGGCGGCUGUUGCUCCGUGCACUGGUUCAGACGGGGGUUGCGUCUUCACGACAACCCCGCUUUGCAGGCGGCUAUCCGAGAAGCGACCUCUGUGCGCUGCAUCUACAUCUUGGACCCCUGGUUCGCUGCGUCCUCCGCGGUGGGCAUCAACCGCUGGCGGAUCAUUGAGCUGAAUGGACAUAAACCACCCCUCACUUACAAACGUUUUCAGGCCAUCAUUAGUCGCAUGGACCUGCCAAAAAAGCCGGUCAGCACCAUAACAAGCCAACAAAUGGAGAUGUGCCAGACAAAGAUCCAAGAGAACCAUGAUGAAACCUAUGGAGUGCCAUCUUUAGAGGAACUAGGUAUUUUUGGGUUUCCCACUGAGGGACUUGCUCCAGCUGUUUGGCAGGGAGGGGAGACUGAAGCCUUAACUCGUCUGGAUAAGCAUUUGGAAAGAAAGGCAUGGGUUGCAAACUAUGAACGGCCAAGGAUGAAUGCCAAUUCGUUAUUGGCCAGCCCCACAGGGCUGAGUCCCUAUCUUCGGUUUGGCUGCUUGUCUUGUCGCUUAUUCUAUUAUCGGCUUUGGGAACUUUACAAAAAGGUGAAGCGGAACAGCUCUCCACCUCUGUCGCUUUAUGGCCAAUUACUCUGGAGGGAAUUUUUUUAUACAGCUGCCACAAAUAAUCCUAAAUUUGAUCGCAUGGAAGGAAAUCCUAUUUGCAUCCAGAUCCCAUGGGACAGGAAUCCUGAAGCCUUGGCAAAGUGGGCAGAAGGCAAGACAGGUUUCCCUUGGAUUGAUGCAAUUAUGACCCAACUGAGACAGGAAGGCUGGAUUCACCACCUGGCCCGGCAUGCUGCAGCCUGCUUUCUAACCAGAGGUGACCUUUGGAUCAGCUGGGAAUCUGGAGUGAGGGUAUUUGAUGAGCUGCUUCUGGAUGCAGAUUUCAGUGUGAAUGCAGGUAGCUGGAUGUGGCUUUCCUGCAGUGCAUUCUUCCAGCAGUUUUUCCACUGCUACUGUCCUGUUGGCUUUGGGCGUCGUACAGAUCCCAGUGGUGACUACAUUAGGCGGUAUCUACCCCAAUUGAAAGGUUUUCCAUCACGCUAUAUCUACGAGCCCUGGAAUGCCUCUGAGUCAGUUCAAAAGGCAGCAAAAUGUAUAAUUGGGGUAGACUAUCCCAAACCCAUGGUGAACCAUGCAGAGACCAGUCGACUAAACAUUGAACGCAUGAAGCAGAUUUAUCAACAGCUCUCACGCUACAGAGGCCUUUGUUUAUUGGCCUCUGUCCCAUCCUGUAUAGAGGACUUCAGUAAUAUAACCACAGACCUUUCUUCAGUCCAUGGAAGCUGCAGCAAUACAACACUAAGGCAGUCCCACUGUAGCCAGACUUCUCCAAAACGGAAAUGUGACGCUGAGGAAGACAAUAGUGAAGAGCUCUACAAAAGAGUUAGGAUGAUGGUACAUCAGGUAUCAAAGAAACCACAACAAGAACUUUCGCAACCUGAAUUUGGAAACUGAUGAGACAAAAACAAUCUCACAGAAUGGCUAAUGGGAAGUAUUUUUGUAAGAAAAAUCACAACAUUGAACAGCAAUUUCAUUUGUUGAGCAUGUGAAUGUGCAAUACACAAGGACUCUAAAUCUCUUAUGAAAGAUGCAGUGAACAAGUUUUGUUAAUAAACAAAAUCUCAGUGAACAAAUACGUGCCUUUCUUCAGAUUAGGGAAUUGGUCAAGGAAAAUCUGGAGCUAAGACUUGCUCAUUUGCAAGUUUAUUCAAGGUACUUCAAAUGAUAUAUCCUUCUUGCUUCAUUUAGCACAUCAUUACUUGUUCUGUUGUCAUUGUUUAUUAGGAAGAACUUGGAUGAACCAUGCAAAAUAUUUCAUGGUGCUCCUAGUAAUUCCAUUUAAACACUCCAUGCAACCACUAAACAUGUAUACAGAUAAUAUUAUAGAUGAAUCACAUCUGUAAAAAAAUAUCAUUAAACCAGUAUUUAUUGCUUCUACAAAAGCACAGUACUGGAACAACAGUGACCAAUUUGAAGGUACUAAAAAUAGUAAAUUUAAUGUUUACUAAAGUGUUUAUCUUCCAAUCAUGUUAUUCUGAAACAAAAAAGAUAUACUGGACACCUACAGUGAUGUGAAAAA